AUGGAGAGAACAGUGUAUAACUCUUCGGCAGGUGUUCUGGUCAAGUGCGACUCCUCCAUUAAAGCCAUCAUCAUGCGUAUCAACACAGAGAACAAUCACGAGAUCAUCAUCGAAGACAUUGACGAUGAGCAUGUACUGGUCAAGAGCCAGAGACAUGAUGACUUGAAGCGGCUGCUGAAGGAGGCCCUGAAGGACACGGUCAAAGAGCCAGAGGAGAGCUCUGAAUCGGAGUAG